CAUCUCCUUGGGCCUCUCAAUGUCUUCAGGGCUCCCAAUGCCCAGUCACUCUCACCUGGCUAUCCCCUCCCACCAGAAAGCUGCCUCGAGUGUCCCUCUAGCCCUUGUCUUCCUGGUCAACCCUCUGCUUUCCCCCAGGCUAAGCUUCUGGAGAUAGAUUAUGGCCUCAUCAAUGCUGUGUGCCCCAAACCCUAUGUAGGUUUCUGGGGUGACUGGUGUGACGGUCAUGAUUCCUGGAAACCUGGACCUUUCAGAAGGGGCACCAAUACCCAACUCCAGCCUGACCCUACAUUUCCUCAGGAUAUGUUCCUGCCUCCAGCCAAAGUUCACUGGACAUUGGUCAUUUGCCGCUUACCUGAGGUCCCUGGGGUUUUUGGCUUGGAAAUCCCAAUUUCCCAGAACCUGCCCCCACAGGGGUGGGGCCACAAGCAAGUUAUUAAUUCAUUUGCCACUUGCUCAGAUUCAGAAGCAGCCCAGCAGGCUCUGCAGCCAAAAUGAAGAUCCUAGCUCCUGUCCACACCUGCAGCAUUGUGCUGGUCUUGCCCUCACUACUGGCUGUCCUCCAGACCACCACUGCCCAAAAGUCAUCACCAGCCGGGUGGUCAACAGGGCCGAAACUAUGGAGGAGGCCACCUUCCAGAUGGAGCUGCCCAAGAAAGCCUUCAUCACCAAUUUCUCUAUGAUCAUUGAUGGUGUGACCUACCCAGGGAACAUCAAGGAGAAGGCUGCAGCCCAGAAGGAGUACAGCGCAGCUGUGAGCCGAGGAAAAAGUGCCGGUCUUGUCAAGGCCACCGGGAGAAAGACAGAGCAGUUCCAAGUGUCGGUCAGUGUGGCUCCCACUGCCAAGGUCACCUUUCAGCUGGUGUAUGAGGAGCUGCUCAGGCGACAUCUGGGAGCCUACGAGAUCCUGCUAAAAGUACGGCCCCAGCAGCUGGUCAAGCACCUGCAGGUGGACGUUCACAUCUUCGAGCCUCAAGGCAUUAGUUUCCUGGAGACAGAGAGCACCUUCAUGACCAAGGAGCUGGCAGAGGCCCUCACAACCUCACAGAACAAGACCAAGGCUCACAUCCAGUUUAAACCAACACUGUCCCAGCAGCAAAAGUCUCCAGAUCAGCAGGACACAAUCCUGGAUGGCAGUUUCAUCAUCCGCUACGAUGUGAACCGGACACACUCUGGGGGCUCCAUUCAGAUUGAGAAUGGCUACUUUGUGCACUACUUUGCCCCUGAGGGCCUACCCACCAUGCCCAAGAAUGUGGUCUUUGUCAUUGACAAAAGCGGAUCCAUGAGCGGCAGGAAAAUCCAGCAGACCCGAGAAGCCCUAAUCCAGAUCCUGAGUGACCUCAACUCCAAAGACCAGUUCAACCUCAUCGUUUUCAGUGGGGAGGCAACUCAGUGGAAACCAUCACUGGUGCCUGCCUCAGCUGAGAACAUAAAGGAGGCCAAAAGCUAUGCAGCUGGCAUCCAGGCCCAGGGAGGAACCAACAUUAAUGAUGCGAUGCUGAUGUCUGUGAACCUACUGGAGAGCAGCAACAAGGCUGAGCUGCUGCCCGCAGGGAGUGUCUCCAUCAUCAUCCUACUCACUGACGGCGACCCCACUGUAGGGGUAACCAAUCCCACAAGCAUCCAAAAGAACGUGAAGGAUGCUAUAGAUGGCCAGUACAGCCUCUUCUGCCUGGGCUUUGGCUUUGAUGUCAGCUAUGCCUUCCUAGAGAAGAUGGCACUGGAUAAUGGUGGUCUGGCUCGGCGCAUCUAUGAGGACUCAGACUCUUCCUUACAACUCCAGGACUUCUACCAGGAGGUGGCCAACCCACUGCUGUCAUCAGUGGCUUUCGAGUACCCAAGCAACAUUGUAGAAGCAGUGACGCGGGACAAUUUCCGACUCCUGUUCAGAGGCUCAGAGAUGGUGGUGGCUGGGAAGCUCCGGGACCAGGCCUCUGACGUGCUCUCAGCCAAAGUCAAGGGGAAGAUGCACAUGCAGAACAUCACAUUCCAAGUAGAGUCCAGCAUAGCCCAGCAGGAGGAGGAGUUCCAGAGCCUCAAAUAUAUCUUCCACAACUUCAUGGAGAGACUCUGGGCACAUCUGACCAUCAAACAACAUUUGGAACGGAUUGUUUCAGCUUCAGAUGCCGAAUCACAGGACCUCAAGACCAGAGCUCUGAAUUUGUCACUCAAGUACAACUUUGUCACUCCUCUCACAUCUAUGGUGGUCACUAAGCCAGAAGACCAAGAACAGUCUCAAGUUGCUGAGAAGCCUGUGGAAGACAAUAAUAGACAGAGGAAUGUCCAUUCAGGAGGUAGCAGCAAUGUCGAUCCUUCCCAUACCCCAAGAAGAGGAAUCAGUAGAUCAGGAAUUUCCAGCCUCCCACCAGACUUUGGAUCUAGAUAUGCUGCUGCCCCUCCAAGAUUUGGACAACCUGGACCUCCUCAUGAUCGUGAUAUUUUUCAUACUUCUCACGCUAUCCCACAGCCAACCUGGGAAGGUCUACGAGGCUUGCCAUUCUUGACACCAGUUCACUCAGAUAGCAGUCGAGUCGUGUUGCUUUCUAAAGAAAUACAAACCAAAGAAACCACCCUAACAAACCGAUCCCAAGCUCCUUUUCAGGCUCCUAGUGUAAUGUUGCCAAUGCCUGAGCCCACCGUGGACCAGAUGUGUGUGGACAUCAAGCGCUCCCAGGGACCCAUGAACCUGAUCUCAGACGCUGAUCAAGGGCUUCAGGUGACUGGCCAGUAUGAGAUGGAGAAGGCUGGGUUCUCAUGGAUCAAGGUGACCUUCGAGGAUCUCCAGUUGCAGGUUCAUGCAUCCCCUGAACGUGUAGUGGUGACUCGAAACCGAAGAAGCUCUGGAUACAACUGGAAAGAGACACUGUUCUUGGAUUUGCCAGGCCUGAAGAUAACCAUGGAUAAGACAGGACUCCUGCUGCUCAAAGGCCCAGCCAAAGUAACCAUUGGCCUGCUGUCCUGGGAUGACCCUAGAAAGGGGCUCCUUCUCCUUCUGCAUGACACUGACAACUUCUCCAGCCAUGUCAGCGGGACCCUCGGCCAGUUUUACCAAGACCCACUCUGGGGGCCACCAGAAGCAGAAGACAAGAGCAAACGAGCACUGAGGGUUCAGGGAACAGACUACUCCGCCACCAGAGAACGAAAGUUGGAUUACCAAGAGGGACCCCCAGGGAAAGAGAGUUCCUGCUGGUUGGUGGAGCUGUAGUAUUGGUGGGAAUAGCUGUGCCCCCCUGUGCCACCCCAUGUGGUAUAGAUGACCACUACUCUGCGGCUGCAGGGCCACCUGUGGGGCCUGGAUCAUUAUGGGGAGAGGGAUUCCCACUCACUGUAAAUAAAGAAAGAUGGUAUGAGACCAGGGAAUGUGUUUCUGUGGUGGAUGUGGGCAAAUUCCAGGGCAUCGGAAUCCUAUCCUGAACAGGUAGGUUUAUUGAACAUACAGCACAAAAGUCACUGUCAACCCUCAAGAGUCUGUGGCGAGGGAGGCCCUCAGAGAGCUUUCAAACCUGUCCCUUUGGCUAAACCACCCAUUUAAAAUGUCCGUAUUAGGCUGGAGGUAUGGUUCAAGUGGUAGAGCGCCUGCCUAGGAAGUACAAAACCCUGAGUUCAUAACCCAGUAUCGCCACAAAAAAAAUAAAUAAAUAAAAUGUCUGUAUCUAAGUAGCCUCCAGUAAGGGGCCCAAGACUAGAGAAUGUUCUCCAGAACAGAGGUUCCGCUGCUUUACAGUCAGCUGGAUAGUCAAAACCAGAUUUGACUCAAGAGAGUGAGCUGGAUUGGACUGCUCUUUAUAGGUCAAUCCCAGACCUCCUCAGUGAGUUU